GGCUCCAGUUACAGUGCCUGGGGAGGAGAAGAGAGGAGAAGGGAGGGGAGGAAGAGGAGGAGGAGGGGGGCGGUGCAUCCAGGCCCAGGGGGUCCUCAGCAGAGCCUUCUGGACCCCUGAGCACAGACAGCCUAGGAUCGAGUACCGGUCUCUUUGGGAACAAUGGAGCCCCUCACCCAGCUCCUGCUCGUCUGCAUAGCGCUGAUCUCAACAGCCAAGGCUGAAGCUCCAAAGGAAAGAGACCCAUUCACAUAUGACUACCAGUCCCUGAGGAUUGGAGGGCUAGUUUUUGCUGGCAUCCUCUUCAUCCUUGGCAUCCUCAUUAUCCUCAGCCGGAAAUGUCGCUGCAAAUUCAACCAACAGCAAAAAACUGGGGAACCCGAUGAAGAAGAGGGUACUUUCCGCAGUUCCAUCCGCCGCCUCUCCAGCAGAAGGCGGUAGGAGCCUGAGAUGAAGUCAGAGACUGAGCAGGUUUCCCAGAUAUCCUGACCGCGGUCCCACUCCCACGGUGCCCCCAGCUCCUCCAAACCUGUAAUAAAGGCCAGUCUUCACCGUGCA